AUGACAAACCCGGAGAAAUGGGCCCAUCUCAGCCCGUCGGAAUUUUCUCAGCUCCAGAAAUACGCUGAGUAUUCUACAAAGAAAUUAAAAGAUGUUCUGGAAGAAUUCCAUGGUAAUGGUGUGCUUGCAAAGUAUAAUCCUGAAGGGAAACAAGACAUUCUUAACCAAACAAUAGAUUUUGAAGGUUUCAAGCUGUUCAUGAAGACGUUCCUGGAAGCCGAGCUUCCCGACGAUUUCACUGCACACCUUUUCAUGUCAUUUAGCAACAAAUUUCCUCAUUCUAGUCCAGUGGUAAAAAGCAAACCUGCCCUCCUCUCAGGCGGUCUGAGAACGAGUAAAGGCGCGGUUACCCCUCCUCGCUCAUCUCCCGCGAACACCUGCUCCCCAGAGGUCAUCCACCUGAAGGACAUUGUCUGUUACCUGUCUCUGCUGGAAAGAGGAAGGCCUGAGGACAAACUCGAGUUUAUGUUCCGCCUUUAUGACACCGACAGGAAUGGAUUCCUCGACAGCUCGGAACUAGAGAACAUCAUCGGUCAAAUGAUGCACGUGGCGGAGUACCUGGAGUGGGACGUCACCGAACUAAACCCAAUUCUGCACGAAAUGAUGGAAGAGAUUGACUACGACCAUGACGGGACGGUGUCGCUAGAGGAAUGGAUCCAAGGAGGGAUGACCACCAUCCCCCUCCUCGUGCUCCUGGGAUUGGAAAACAACGUGAAGGAUGACGGACAGCACGUGUGGCGACUGAAACACUUCAACAAACCUGCCUACUGCAACCUCUGCCUGAAUAUGCUGAUCGGCGUGGGCAAGCAGGGCCUCUCCUGUUCCUUCUGCAAGUACACUGUUCAUGAGCGCUGUGUGGCCCGUGCACCACCUUCCUGCAUCAAGACCUACGUCAAGUCCAAAAAGAACACAGAUGUCAUGCACCAUUACUGGGUGGAAGGCAACUGCCCAACCAAAUGUGACAAGUGCCACAAAACCGUCAAAUGCUACCAGGGCCUCACAGGGCUGCACUGUGUCUGGUGCCAGAUCACACUGCAUAACAAGUGCGCGUCUCACCUCAAGCCAGAGUGUGACUGCGGCCCUCUGAAGGAUCACAUCUUACCUCCCACGACCAUUUGCCCCGUGGUGCUGCAGACUCUGCCCACUUCAGGAGUUUCGGUUCCUGAGGAAAGACAAUCAACCGUGAAAAAGGAGAAAAGUGGUUCCCAGCAGCCAAACAAAGUGACUGACAGGAACAAAAUGCAAAGAGCCAACUCUGUCACUGUGGAUGGGCAAGGCCUACAGAUCACUCCUGUUCCGGGUACUCAUCCGCUUUUGGUUUUUGUGAACCCCAAAAGUGGUGGGAAGCAAGGAGAACGAAUUUAUAGGAAAUUUCAGUAUCUACUAAAUCCUCGUCAGGUAUACAGUCUUUCUGGAAAUGGACCAAUGCCAGGGUUAAACUUUUUCCGUGAUGUACCUGACUUCAGAGUGUUAGCUUGUGGCGGAGAUGGAACUGUGGGCUGGAUUUUGGAUUGCAUAGAAAAGGCCAACGUAACGAAGCAUCCUCCAGUGGCUAUCCUGCCUCUUGGCACUGGCAAUGAUCUGGCAAGAUGCCUGCGAUGGGGAGGAGGUUAUGAAGGUGAGAAUCUGAUGAAGAUCCUCAAGGACAUUGAGAGCAGCACAGAAGUCAUGUUGGACCGGUGGAAGUUUGAAGUCAUCCCUAACGACAAAGACGAGAAAGGAGACCCCGUGCCUUACAGUAUCAUCAAUAAUUACUUUUCCAUCGGCGUGGAUGCCUCUAUUGCACAUCGAUUUCAUAUCAUGCGAGAAAAGCACCCCGAGAAGUUCAACAGCAGAAUGAAGAACAAAUUUUGGUAUUUUGAGUUUGGCACCUCUGAAACAUUCUCAGCCACCUGCAAGAAGCUACAUGAAUCUGUAGAAAUAGAAUGUGAUGGGGUGCAGAUAGAUCUGAUCAACAUCUCCCUGGAAGGAAUCGCUAUUUUGAAUAUCCCAAGCAUGCACGGGGGAUCCAAUCUUUGGGGAGAAUCCAAGAAGAGAAGAAGCCAUCGACGAACAGAGAAGAAAGGGUCUGACAAAAGGACCACACUCACCGAUGCCAAAGAGCUCAAGUUUGCAAGUCAAGAUCUCAGUGACCAGCUGCUGGAGGUGGUGGGCUUGGAAGGCGCCAUGGAGAUGGGGCAGAUCUACACGGGACUGAAAAGUGCAGGCCGGCGGCUGGCGCAAUGCUCCUCCGUGGUCAUCAGGACCAGCAAGUCCCUGCCAAUGCAGAUUGAUGGGGAGCCCUGGAUGCAGACCCCGUGCACAAUAAAAAUUACACACAAGAACCAAGCCCCCAUGCUGAUGGGCCCUCCUCCCAAAACUGGGUUGUUCUGCUCCCUCGUCAAGAGAACAAGAAACCGGAGCAAGGAAUAAUCAUGCAUCAUUUCCUUCCUAGAAAUUCAAUUCGCGUAAUUGGGCCGUGGAACACGUAUGCUGGAAAUCUUUGAACAAUUCAAGUCUCCUGUUCAUGCAAAAAUCAUGGAAUUGGUUUAGCCGUUUUUGUUACUGAGCUAAUGUAACAUGUAUCGUCUCAGUUUUCAUAGCAUCUUUGCAUGAGGAAGGCGGUUUACAUGAAGUAAUACUACAUAUUUUUGUUGCAUGCAUUCCCAUAGAUUUGUCUGUUUCCCAGCCCGGUCUUACUCACUUUCUCUCUACUAAUCCAUUGGAAAAAAAAAAAUCUGUAAAACAUGCAAAAGGAAUACUGAGAAAUGUGAUUCUUAGUGUCAUUCCAAAUAUUAAUAAGUGCUAUCAGUAAAGCUGCAAUGAUCAUAAUUGUAGAUUGCCACGCUUUUCCCUUUUAGAAUCGGUGUGUCCAUGAUCUGACGGACCCUGACAGAGACUUUGAACUCAAUAAUUCUGUUAAAUAGUUGUCUACAAUUAUCUUGCUAAACCUACAUAGCUUUUCUUCCUUCAACAUCUUAACUCUUUUGAGUGGAAAUUAAAAUGUCAGGUGUGAAGUUAUCUUGUGAUGGAAAACAAAGUGAUUUUUGCUUAGCUUGUUUUUAACUCCAGAAAUCGGUGGAAACUUGCUGCUUGGCAGUGGAGUGUGGUCAUAUCACUUUCUGCAGGAGAAUCUACAAGAAAAUCCAGAACCACAACAAUAACCAAAUAGAUGUUUUAAACAAUGUGCCUAAUUAAUGUUUUUCCCACCAAAGAUUCAAAAAAAAAAAGAUGCUUGAGAGAAAUGGAUGAAUGCAUAUAAUUAAUUCAGAGUAUUAUGAUAAAUCAUGCGUUGAUU